AUGACUGAAGCGGUGGUGCAACGAUCGGAAAACCUCCGAUUCGAACCAGUCGCAACGGUCGGCGGUUCUCGAACUUUACGGUCGGGAUUUUGGGUGGGUCAGGUCCGGGACUUCACUACGAGUCGAACGGAACCGAUCUCGGGGGCUGGGGUGGCCGGAGGUGAUGGAGGCGUGGAGAAUUCUGUUCGGGUGAACAGUGACGAGAGAGAGAGUUCGCGGGAGAGAGAGAACGCACGGGAGAGAGAGAGGAAAGUGAACUGA